CACUACUGCUUAGUGUGUUGACAUUCCACGUCGCUGAGAGAGGGUACUGUAUGUAGUUGAGGUGGUUGUUAUUGUUUGCAUGCUAUGGUCAGCAAGUCCUACUUCUUACGCAAAGUAUCAUCAUUGAAUGUCAAUAUUUCUUUUUCUUGAAAAUUAUAUUAUUAUGUUUAAGCUCUUUUGUGUCAGUGUCAUCGUGUUUAAUUGCUUAUUUUGUAAGCAAUGCUUAUCAAGAACAUCAUCUGUGUGUUUUUCUACUAGGUACAAUUUUCACUUGAUUUAAGGAGACUCGUGAAAAACAAGGAGAAGAGAGAAGUCGCAUCUCUACUUUAGAAAGAAAAGAUGGUAGCGCACUCGACGCCUUGGUCUCCUGAGCCACGUGGUUCACCCAUAUCUCAACAAAGACGGUCUUUAAGAAGGAUUUUAGCAAGUGCCACCACGACCUUCGCCGUCCUUGGAGGUGUUUCAGGAGAACUAGCAAUUCAAGGUGAUCCAGUAUGCUGGGAAGAUGGUGUGCCACCAGAGUAUUGCUGUGGCGAGGACUACGGCGAGACGGGAACGCCGUCGUGCUGGGUAAGAUACGAUAGUUUCUUAUGGAGAUUAUAGGGAUAGGGAUACUUGUACUUCGAGUACGCGUUCCAAGAUUACAUGAGUUUCGUGUUGCCGUCGACGUUCUUCGAAAGUCUUCAAAUGCUAGACGAUGUUAGAAUGGACUUUCUCCAAUUAAUAUGUUCCAGAACCACGAACAAGAAAAUUUUUCUCUUCACCCAACAUCUCGAUCUCGUCCAGGUAAUGGGUUUCCGCUACACCCGCUGUUGUGGCGUAAAGAAGAAAAAGGCUUACACGCCUGCUGCUAGAAGGUCAGUAAAACUGUCGACACCAUGUGACUUCAUCGUCGUUGGCGCUGGAUCUGGAGGAGCAACUGUAGCUUCUAGGUUGGAGACGGCGUAUCGAGUUUGCAUUGUGGAGGUGACAAACGAUGACAAGAAUCAAUGGACAGCUGGUACAACUACUCUAUUUUAAUCUUUAUGUAUGUGUAUGAGACGUAAGUACACGUCUACUCUAUUUUAUCUUUAAUAUUUGUAUGAGACGUACUACACGUAAUGGUGAUGGUGUACUAGCCGUGAUGUGCCGGGCACAGAAUUAGUCAACAUAUUAGAGCAAAAACCACAUCGUUGCUGAACAGUAUAAAUUCAAAGUAGAUUCUUGAAUUUGACGAGAGACGGGUUAGCAACAACAUGUUCUGCACCUCCAACCACUUGUUCAUACACAGGCUACCCAGUCGGCCCCAAGAAUUGGAAAUACACGUUUGGGCAGGGCAUCGGCGGCAGCACUCUAGUCAACAGCGGCGUUUAUACCCGAGGAAACUUGGAGGACUAUGAAGAGUGGGGUGGAGACGAAUUUUGGGGUCAGAACAGAACUAAAGAACUCUUCAAAACACUGGAAGCACCAGAAGCAGUGCCUGGCUUCGAUGUGGACUAUGAGUGGCACCCACACAGACGAGCACCCGGCACGAAGCCUUCAAAAGUGUCCCUGAUCUCAGCUGAGAAACACGAACUUCCGCCAGUGUUCAGAGCAGUAGUGAAUGCAUGGGAGAAGGAAGGCUUGGGACCAUAUCGAGUGGACCCACACUCGAAACCGGAUAUGGAAGGUAAAAAAUUUUUGUAGUUUCUAUUUUCUGUAGUGAAUGAAGAAACUACGAUCGACUUCUUGUUUCAGAUGAUCAUGUCCUGUGCAACUCCUGCAAUUUAAUUUCUGGUUCCCAAUUUGUUCAUCUUUGGAGCUGAUGCUUUUGCUUCUAGUUCAAAGGGUCUUUCUUUGCUUCUAGGUAUCUUUCCUCAUAGUACUACUUUUUGUACUUAGGUAUCGGCGGGACCUGGCGAUUUUCCGGUUGUGAUGGUGAUAUGGACGCGGCUUGCUCUCCACAACGUGUUGCUCGAUGGCGUUACAUUGGCCACGAGCGCGAGCAUCAAUCGGUUGACCAGUUGUUGACGAAGCCUAAGAUCUAUCUCGGCACUGUGUCCAAGGUUCUUCUUGGCCAAGACCCGUCAUCUGGCGAGACAAUCGCGAAGGGCGUAGAGUUCAUCGACAGCAAGGGACAAGUCUUCCAAUUGUCUGCGCAUAAGGAAGUCAUCUUGGCCGCGGGAGUAGUGAACACACCAAAGAUUUUGAUGCUGUCUGGCGUAGGAGAUCCUUUGGAAUUGUCUGCGUUGAACAUCCCAGUAGUGCAAGACCUACCACAUGUGGGAUUGCACUUGCAGGAUCACUACGGGUUCUCUUCCACAGUGACAACGAACCUAGCAUGUCCGAAAGAAGCACACAGGGACGAGCACGGAAGCCCGAAGGGAGGAACUCAUUUGGGUAAGCAACUGAAGACUUUUUGCUUGGUUGAGUACGAGUAGAUCUACUGAAUCUGUAUCAAGAUCAAGGUCAAGUUAAAAAUGGCAAGAUUGUGCAUGUGUGCUACAAGCAUAAGUGAUAUUUUGUUUCUGUUCAUUUCUUGACGUAUGUCACAAUCUAGUUUUUCUUUCUGUUCCGCUGAUACUCCACAAACGCAAUUCUUAUCUCUACAAUCAGGUUUCCUCAACGACUUCCUGGCUCAAUUCUACGCUUGGUACCGCUUACCCGAAUCCCGUGUCACAUUCGAAAUGUUCCUCAUCGAGGGUUGUUUAGACGAGAGAUACACCCUUACCUUCACAAUCCUCCUAGUCAGUCCCUCCAACGAAGGCAGAAUCAUCCUCGACAGUGCCGAUCCAAUGCAGCAGGCAAGGAUGGAAAUCUUCCCCCAUGUGCAUGAAGAGGAUUUGAACUAUUUGAGCUAUGCGCUGAGGAUUCUGUACGUCAAGGUUUUUCCGGCUUUGCGACAGUGGGAUGCGACGAUCACGCCUGAUGUGGGAACCAUGAGCGAUGAAGGGAAGGCGAAAGCGUAUUCUUGAGUGUUUUGAUAAGUAACCAGCGAACGUCGUUGUUUAGGAUGAUUCGAACUGCAUGCACAAGUACACUACAACCACCUUUAGUUGUUUACAGGUUAAAAGUCGUGAACAGUUGUUAUCAUCGGCUUUACUGCAUGAUUCUAUGCUUUUUUUCGCAACCCUGUCAUCUCUUCAAAACCAGGUGGAUCAAGGAAAACCUGUACUACUAUUCGCAUCCGUCGGGUACUGCACGAUACGACCAGGCGCGACCAGAGGAAUCAGUGGUGAAUGCGGAUUUGACUGUACAGGGCAUCCCAAAUCUGCGAAUCUGCGAUGCUAGUGUCUUCGGAAAUUAUGCGCGAAGCCCAUAAUCAAGAUCAUGAGGAAGAUUGUAGCAUCUUCUCCAUCUGUUGGUUUUUGUACCUCUACAACUGAAUUGCUAGUUUAUCAAAAAGCGACUACUACGAACUCCUCCCACGACCUCCACCGUGCCCUUCCCAAGCGGAAGCGCUUCGGCAUCCUCUAACGGAAAGCAGUCAUUGGCCACACAGAUGGGCCAACACGAAUGGUAGGAGCCAACUGUGCGAAGAUCAUUAUGGACCAGAACAGAGCUGAGAUGCCCUAUAGUGGUUAUGGAACAAACACGGGACUUAGAGGCUUCCACAUCGCAUAUUACUUGCAAGCGGGUGGUAGAUUGAUCGAUACGGCUUUGACGUAUGAGAAUCAAGCCGUGGUGGCUGUUGGUAUUGAUUGUACGCAAUAAUAGAUUUGGUAUAAUUGAUUGUAUUUUUGCAAUAAUAGAUGAUGGUUUUGCAAUAAUAGAUGAUGGUUUGUAUUGAUUGUACGCAAAAAUAGAUGAUGGUUUUGCAAUAAUAGAUGAUGGUUUUGCUUUUUUUGUGUUGAUGUUGUGAUUAGAUCUUCUUGAUUGAGGUCUUUAUUGGCGUGACUAAGGAAUCAUCAUGAUUGAGGUUGUUAAAGUUGAAAAUGUUGCUGUGUUGUUCUGUCCUCAUCAAAAAUGAAGAACCACGACUUUGAUGAACACCGCCCUCAUCCAUCAGGUAUCCAACAAUCCAAAGUACCACGAGAAGAAGUCUUCCUCGUAACCAAGGUCGGUCCAGAGCAUUUUGAUGAUGUUUACUCCGCAGUAAAAGAGGACUUGACAAAAUAUCAUGGAACAACCAAGCACGGUGAACCAGCAAGAGUGACCUAUUUCGACUUGGUCUUGCUGCACUGGCCAAAUCUGUAUAGUAGUGAUUUGAAGUUAUGGCAAGGAUACUGAUCUGGUUGUCAGGGUCAGCUUUUAUUUGAUCUUUUUCUCUCAGCAGGUCCGCGUCACAGUGACACUGUUGCUUAAGUAAAUUCUCCAUCCUAUCAUGAUCUCUUCGUCAACCAAGGUAGGAAACAGCCACAUCCGUCCAUUGCCUCUUCUUCAGCUUCUAUCAAAAAUCAAAAAAUCUACUCUAAUGUGCCGCCCCAAGUGUGCUUCCGAAGGUUGGACCCAUUGCCGAAGACUUGCGUGGCAAGGUCUGGAGAAGCUGGUCCAAGACGGAGUAACGAGGUUCAUUGGCGUAAGCAACUUUGAUAUCAAACAUCUGGCUCCGUUGGUCGACUGGGACCAGAGGAAGUAUCCAGUCUAUGCGAAUCAGAUCGAGUACGGCAUCUUUAGGACGCCAGACUGGGAAGCUGUGAAACAGUACUGCGACUCAAAAGCGAUUCGGGUGAUGGCAUUCGGCGUUAUUGGAGGACUCAAGAGCGAGAUGCUUGUGGUACUGAUAUAAUCUUCUGCAACGACGUUAUUUUUUCAGAAAAUGAAAAUAGCACAGAUCAUGAGAGGUUUAAACUUCCCUUUUCUCAGGAAAUAAAAAAUCACCAAAUGUUGAAUACGAAAAACCAACGUUCGCUUUCCUGCUGAGUAAAAUAAAGAAGUGGUUGAAGAUCCCAAUUCUUCUCGAAACAACUCAAUAUUAAAUAACAGAAACACCCGUCCCUGGUGAAAGCGGCAGAGGCUAUGGGCACGUCACCUCAGAACGUGAUGUUUCAGUGGGCGAUGGAUCAAGGAGUAACCGUUUUGCAAGGGUCUAAGCGCAAGAAGCACAUGGAUCAGUUCAUAGCUCUGAGUCCAUCUUCUUUUGGUGCAAACAUUAAGGCCAGUGACAAUUUAUUAUAUCCAUCCCCAUCUUUCCAAUAACAAUAACCAAGUAUCUCUAUCUUUUUCUUGGUCCCACGCGUCCCGUUUCCGUUUCUCAAGAGGAAACCAAAACGGGCAGCAAGAUUGAUGCCUCACGGGAAGAUGGAUCUCGAUUUGUCCUAUUUCUAAGAAGAGCACAGCGAUGUCCACAAAGCUCUACGAGCUGCCGCUGAUCGAGGAAAUCCCCACUGAGGAACGAACCAAGUGCUACGAACCAGACCCGGUGAACUUCGAGUAA